AUGGAUUUCUGGCCAGAGUUUCUUGCAAACAGUUGGGGGAGAGAAUUUGUGGCUGGAGGCAUUGGAGGCAUGGCUGGUGUAGUCUCUGGUUAUCCCCUUGACACUCUCCGUGUCUGGCAACAGAGUUCACCCUCCGGUUCUUCUGCCUUCAGCAUGUUACGCAAUGUCGUCUCUGCCCAAGGCCCUACUGCCCUCUACAGAGGCAUGGCUGCACCCUUGGCAUCUGUCACUUUUCAGAAUGCCAUGGUUUUCCAGAUAUACGCCAUCCUCUCUCGAGCAUUCGACUCAUCUUUAUCCCCCAAAGACCCUCCUUCUUACAAAGGUGUUGCUCUAGGAGGAUUUGGUACAGGUGCUAUACAGAGCCUAAUUCUCAGCCCGGUAGAACUUAUAAAAAUCCGGCUUCAACUGCAAACCAAUGAUCAAAGCCGUGCAAAAUCGAAACCCCAUAAACUGCAGUCCCACAAAGGGCCUGUAGAUGUUGCCAAGAGCAUAAUUAAAGCAGAAGGCUUAAGGGGAAUAUAUAGAGGUCUAACCAUCACUGUUCUGAGGGAUGCACCUUCUCAUUGCUUCUACUUCUGGACUUACGAGUAUAUGAGAGAGAAGCUUCAUCCGGGCUGCAGAAGCACUGGCCAAGAGAGCUUGCAGACAAUGUUGAUGGCAGGAGGGCUAGCAGGAGUUGCCAGCUGGGUUUGUUGCUACCCUUUGGAUGUUGUUAAAACCAGAUUGCAGGCUGAAACUUCAUACCGUCCACAGAAAUAUUACGGCAUUGUUGAUUGCUUCCGGAAGAGUGUAAAGGAGGAUGGUUACGGCGUGCUCUGGCGAGGGCUAGGAACUGCGGUUGCUAGAGCUUUUCUGGUGAAUGGAGCCAUUUUUGCUGCUUAUGAGGUUGCUCUGAGGUGUCUAAUCAGCAAUGGAAGCGGAACCAUUCAAACAGAGAGUGCAAUCUAG